CCAUUACAUUUAUGUUGUUUCUUAAUUUUCAAUUUGUGUAGAAACUAGCAAAGUAUACACAAUUUCCUAUUACCAUGUUGAUCAUCAGUCUAAUCAUCUUCCAUGCAAUAUCUGCUUCCUUCUGCUACGAUGUAGAAAUCGAAGGUGUACUGAAACUAGGGAAAGAAAUUCUAAGAGUUUUGGACAGAAAUGAAUAUAUUGCAAACAACCUCACUUUAGCUAAUCAGAUUUCAUCAAAAGGUAAAUUACCCAGUAUGUCCAACAAUAUGGUUGAGUCAGCUGCGGAAAGAAGUAGAGUAAACAUUAUAAAUAAUAAAUUUACAAUGCAUUUGGAAGAGUUCACAUUAUACCUCGGGAAACAAGGAGAGAAGGCUAUUGAAAAAAUGGGCAAACAAAUCCUGUAUGAUCUGAAACUAUCAAAUAAAAAUAUAACAUCUUUAGUAAACACCAUAAGUAAUAACUACGUGACCCUUUUACAUCAAUACUACGUUUUUCUUAAUCAAGACAUCAGUGUUGCGCUAGUCGAAAAUGAUUUUCUGUACCUAGAUAUGAUUGACACGUAUUGCCGGCUCUUGUAUAAUGGAGAAACAAAGCUGCUGAGUGACAUUGUUAUGAAUAACACGGUAGAACUUAAAACCAUCGAGGUUAUAAAUACUAAAAUUUCGAGACACAUUAUUGUUGAGAAAAAAGAAAAAUUGAAUUACCUUUGUAAAAAAUAUAAAGUUUGUAAGGAGUAUUCCACUUUCACUGAUCGUUGUAGAGAUCUAAUUAGCCAAUUAUUGUUGCUUCCUGAAGCUAAAUUCCAAGAUUUUGUCGAAAUAAUGUCAGAUAUCUUAAAGAAACAUAGUGAUGUUCUUGAAGAUGUCGCGGAAAAAAAAGAUAGAAAGUUAAUAUUGUUAAAACUUAAGCACAUAUCUAGUAACAUAUUUAGUAUGAAAGAAUUCCUAGCUGUUCUAAGAGCAGUUAUCUCACCAAAAUUUAGAUCAGUCACAACAACCGAUAAAGUUCAGAGACAUCAAACUAUAGCUGCACGGAUCCUUUUUGAAAUAAUCGAUAAAGCACUAAACACGGAUGACAAUGUACUUGAGAUAGAUUUUGAUAAUACUAUUUCAUCCAUUGACCAGUGGUCCAACGACGUGACUGAAGAUGUUGAAGCUUUACCAGCCUUUGUUGAUAUUACGAUGAGAAUAUUCAAGUAUAGAAUAACCAAAAAUGCUAGAAAAGAAAUCAAGGUAUUAAUUACAACGAUAUUGGGACAAGAGACCAGAGACCACCAGACUUUUCAUUAUUUGUUUACAGAUGGAUCGAAGUACGUUAGAGGGGGCGAUUUUAAUUUCGAUGUUGAUGAUACAAUGUGAAAGCAAUAGGAAUGAUACUUUUAUCGACAAUUUUAAUUGAAACAUAAAAAAAUAUUAGAAGCUGCGUUUCUAUCAAUUCAUUAUAGUAAAACAUUCCACUGU